AUGGCUUCAGCUACUUCCGUCAUAGCUUGGGGCUCUGGAGAAGACGGGCAACUAGGACUUGGAGCAUAUGAAGAGAAGGAAUGGGCUUGCGUCCUGGAGGCUCUUGAGCCUUUUACUGUCCGCUCCGUCGUCGGAGGUAGCCGCAAUUCCCUCGCCAUUUGCGAUGAUGGCAAGCUGUUUACAUGGGGUUGGAAUCAAAGGGGUACCUUAGGACACCCACCAGAGACAAAAACAGAAAGCAUCCCUAGUCUAGUCAAGUCUCUUGCCAAUGUUAAGAUUACACAGGCAGCUAUUGGUGGCUGGCAUUGUUUGGCUGUCGAUGAUCAAGGCCGUGCAUAUGCUUGGGGGGGAAACGAGUAUGGGCAAUGUGGUGAAGAGCCUUCCAAAGAUGAUACAGGGAAGCCUUUGCGGAGAGAUAUUGUAAUCCCUAAGCGUUGUGCCCCUAAACUUACAGUUCGACAGGUAGCUGCAGGGGGUACUCACUCUGUGGUUCUAACGCGUGAAGGUUAUGUGUGGACUUGGGGUCAACCGUGGCCUCCUGGUGACAUAAAGCAGAUAUCUGUUCCUGUAAGAGUUCAGGGUCUCGAAAACGUUCGUCUGAUUGCUGUUGGAGCAUUUCAUAACUUGGCUCUGAAAGAAGACGGGACUUUGUGGGCUUGGGGUAAUAAUGAAUAUGGACAACUUGGAACCGGAGAUACCCAACCAAGAUCUCUUCCUAUUCCAGUCCAAGGCCUCGAUGGUCUCACUUUGGUUGAUAUCGCUGCAGGUGGAUGGCAUUCAACAGCUUUAACCGAUGAAGGAGAGGUGUAUGGUUGGGGAAGAGGAGAACAUGGAAGGCUCGGGUUUGGUGACAAUGACAAGAGCAGCAAAAUGCUUCCACAGAAAGUUAACCUAUUAUCUGGACAAGACAUCAUUCAGGUCUCUUGUGGUGGAACUCAUUCAGUCGCUUUAACAAGAGACGGUAGAAUCUUCUCGUUUGGUCGAGGAGACCAUGGAAGACUGGGGUAUGGAAGAAAAGUGACGACAGGACAACCAUUGGAGCUUCCUAUAAACAUUACACGACCAGAAGGACGGUUUAACCAUGCGGAUGAAGAAGAAGAUGGAAAAUGGAUAGCUAAGUUUGUGGCUUGUGGAGGCCGACACACUUUAGCUAUUGUGGAAUGGGAGUUUGAUCAGGAGGAAACAGAAGAGCCAUGA